AUGGCUCAGGAUUUGGUGGAGGUAGCGGACGAAUACUGAUUGGAAAAAUGGGAAGGAUCUGAAGUAUCAGUAGCUUCAGAAGAAUUGGGAGGAUUGGAAGAACCGGAAGGAUCGAAAGGUUCUGAAAAGUCGAAAAAUACUGAAGGAAUGGAUGCUAUGGAGGGUAUCGUUGUAGCUCGCAUGCUAUACAUACAGAUUUUGGAUAUGUUGCAUGAUGCACAGAACAAGUGUGCCCUUACCUCUAGAGCUGGGAUAAUGUCUGCCUUCAUUUCCAUAAUUAUGUGGGAAUUUGACUGCUUAUGCGAUGGAGGAGAUGCGAGAGAUAUUGAAGCAAUUAUGGAAGAUGUGUCUAAACAGUAUAAUAAAAUAAUAGAUGAACUGGAAACAGUAAAGUUCACGUCGAAAUCUGACGAGGAUAUUUAUAUUAAAUGCCUUAAGCAUGCAGAGGAAUCUUUUCACAAGGCAAUUAGGGCAAAGAAGGUGCUACGCCAAAGAAGCAAAAGGCCAAUCCACGGCAGCAUCGCUUGUGAAUAUCUUCUCAUCGUUGCGAGAAACAAUCUUUUUAACGAUCUCCGACGUCAAAACCCUACCGAGAAGGAAGUGCGAAAAGCUGCAGACGACUUAGCUCAAUCUGUUUUGGAUUUCUACGAUCAUUUGAUCAUAGUAGGACUGGCGGACAACUCACCUAUACUGAGCAAAAAUUACUUCAAAGAAAUUUACACUUUGUCGCAUCGCAUAAUCCACAUAGAUUAUGUCGAAACCAAUGUCAAAGUUCUCUGCUGUCGCCAAGCGCUUAUUUGCUUCGAUGCGUUGGUUGAUGUCAUUAUCGAAACUGAGAAAGAAAUUGAAGCUGCAUUUCGCCUUUGUAGACUAUGGUGUGAAAUCGUGAGACUCAUGUGGACCAUCGCAAUGAAAUAUCCUCGUCAUAUCUACUUACGCGCGGCAAUGAAAGGUAUCCAGGACUGCACGACAAAAAUUGUCACCAUCGAGACAUACGGCAUACAUAUUCAUGAGGCCAUUAAUAGGGCUCUAAAGUUUAUGCCACAACUUGAUAUACUUGUCACUCAGCCAUUUGAUGAUUCUCUUCUUCAAUAUUAUGAUUUCUUCUUACCUAAGUACAAAUUCCCGGAUCCAGAUGUAAUUUUCUUCUGA